CCAUUGCCCCCAUCAUCUCCUCAAGAAACAAAGUAACAGAAGUCCAGAAAAUCUCAGAGCAAGCAAGCAAACUACACAGAAACCUGCUUAAAAAUGGCGUAUUCAACUGCUCGUCGAACCCUUACAACUCUCCUGACUCGAACAUAUUUGCGCUACUCUUCAUCACCUUCUUCAAUUCUAUCUCCCAAAACUCGAUCCUCCCUCACCUUCCUUCAAACCCAUUUUCAACCCUUACUUUCUCCCAAUUCAGCUCCGAUUCAAAUUCGGCCCAAAUCAACCGGGUCGGGUUACUCACCACUCAAUGACCCGUCUCCAAAUUGGACCAAUCGCCCCCCUAAAGAAACCAUCUUAUUGGACGGUUGCGAUUAUGAACAUUGGUUGAUUGUAAUGGAGUUUCCUACUGAUCCUAAACCUUCUAAUGAUGAAAUGAUUGACUCUUAUGUUAAAACCCUAGCUCAAAUUGUUGGCAGUGAGGAGGAGGCGAGGAAAAAGAUUUACUCUGUUUCGACUACGACGUAUACUGGGUUUGGUGCUUUGAUUUCUGAAGAGCUAUCUUACAAAAUUAAAGGGGAUCUUUUUAUUGAUGGGAAGGUUAUCCGAAGGCCACAAUAUGAUUAUAGUGAGAGGCAGCAGAAUAGUAGACUUAGGUCUCGUCCAAGGUAUGAUAGGCGCCGUGAAAAAGUGCAGAAUGUGGGUAGAGCACCAAUACAGACACAACAACAAAGUUGGACACCAGACAACACGCAGACAAUGCAGCAGCCAAUAUCGACAAAUGUCCCGGAUACAAGUUAAAGUCAUGGCUUCAUGGAGAAAAAUCAGAAAAUACUGGCCUGAAUUAUUAGAAAGUAUAUUAAAUCACCGUAGGGACUAUUUGAUCUUUUCAAGUGGUAUGUUUUUCGUUUAGCCCAUUUUAAUACAUAAGUUUGAACUAGGAUUUUUAAUUAUAAAUUUUCUAUGUUAUUCAAACACUGACCAAGUAACCCUUAUAAUACUGAUCGAAUAACCCUUAAAGCACUAAUUAAGUAACCCCUAAUGGUUGGCCACACUGGCCAGUCACAAAUAAAAAAUUGUGUAAGUUUGUUUUUUACCUUUGCACAGGCAAAAAGUAAUACUACCUCCGUUUCUUUUUA